GAAAGCAGAACGCCUGCUAGCUUUUCUGGAGUCGGUCCAACUCAACAGGGAGAUAUCCUCGCUAGCAAACCUUGCCCCGUCCCGACCGGGUGGACGUAAAAUGAGCGAGAUCCUGCGAGCGCCGGACAACAAUUGAGUGGCUGGUAAUAUUGCUAUAAGCACGUGGGGCCAUGGUGAUCAUGUCAGGCACAGCCACUGUGCUGCAGCAGUUUGUCAGCGGGCUGAAGAGUCGAAACGAAGACACCAGGGCAAAGUCUGCCAAAGAUCUGCAGCACUAUGUGACCACGGAGCUCAGAGAGUUGAGCCAAGAUGAAGCCACUACAUUCUAUGAUGAGUUAAACCACCACAUUUUUGAACUGGUAUCCAGUUCUGAUGUGAAUGAGAGAAAAGGAGGCAUUCUAGCCAUUGUGAGUCUGAUUGGAGUCGAGGGAGGCAAUGCCACCAGGAUCAGCCGCUUUGCCAACUACCUGCGCAACCUGCUCCCCUCCAGUGACCCUGUGGUGAUGGAGAUGGCCUCUAAAGCCAUGGGCCACCUGUCCAUGGCAGGGGACACCUUUACUGCUGAAUAUGUGGAGUUCGAGGUGAAAAGGGCCCUGGAGUGGUUGGGAGCAGACAGGAAUGAAGGCAGACGCCACGCUGCAGUGUUGGUGUUGAGGGAGCUGGCUGUGAGCGCACCCACGUUCUUCUUCCAGCAAGUGCAGCCCUUCUUUGAUAACAUUUUUUACGCUGUAUGGGAUCCCAAGCAGGCCAUCCGAGAAGGGGCUGUAGCUGCCCUGCGAGCCUGUCUCAUCCUCACCACACAGAGGGAGACCAAGGAAAUGCAGAAACCACAGUGGUACAAGCAAACCUUUGAGGAGGCAGAAAAAGGCUUCGAUGAGACUUUGGCCAAAGAGAAAGGAAUGAAUCGUGACGACAGAGUCCACGGUGCCCUUCUGAUCCUGAAUGAGUUGGUUCGCAUUAGCAGCAUGGAAGGAGAGCGAAUGCGUGAGGAGAUGGAGGAGAUCACACAGCAGCAGCUGGUCCACGAUAAGUACUGCAAGGAGCUGAUGGGAUUUGGAACCAAGCCCCGCCACAUCACACCCUUCACUAGCUUCCAGUCGGUGCAGCCACAGCAGUCAAACGCCCUCCUGGGCUUGUUGGGCUACAGCACGCCUCAGGGCUUCCUCACCUUCGGAGCCGCACCGGCACCCGCUAAGAACUCUCUGGUGGAGAGCCGAUACUGCCGUGAGCUGAUGGAGGACCGAUUCGAUCAGGUGUGUCGGUGGGUGCUGAAAUACAAGGCCAGUAAAAACCCUCUGAUCCAGAUGACCAUUCUCAACCUGCUUCCACGCCUGGCUGCUUUCCAGCCUCACACCUUCACAGACCAGUAUCUGUCAGACACCAUGGGCUACCUGCUGGGCUGCUUGAAGAAGGAGAAGGAGAGGACGGCUGCUUUCCAGGCCCUGGGGCUGCUGGUAGUUGCCGUCAGGGCAGAAAUCCAGCCAUACCUCUCGAAGAUCCUUGAGAUCAUCAAGGCUGCCCUGCCACCGAAGGACUUUGCACACAAGAGGCAGAAGACCAUGCAGGUGGACGCCACGGUGUUCACUUGUAUCAGCAUGCUUUCCAGAGCCAUGGGUCCCAGCAUCCAGCCAGACAUCAAGGAGCUGCUGGAGCCCAUGUUGGCCGUGGGCCUCAGUCCUGCACUGACGGCAGUGCUCUAUGACCUGAGCCGGCAGAUCCCCCAGCUGAAGAAGGACAUUCAGGACGGUCUUCUGAAGAUGCUCUCCCUGGUGUUGAUGCACAAGCCGCUGCGGCACCCUGGCAUGCCCAAAGGCCUCGCUCACCAGCUGUCCUCACCAAGCCUCACAAACAUCCCUGAGGCAAGUGAUGUCGGCAGCAUCACGCUGGCUCUGCGCACUCUUGGAAGCUUCGAAUUUGAGGGACACUCUCUCACCCAGUUUGUGCGCCACUGUGCCGAUCACUUUCUGAACAGCGAACACAAGGAGAUCCGAAUGGAGGCGGCUCGAACCUGCUCACGCCUUCUUACCCCCUCCAUCCACAUGAUCAGCGGCCAUGUUGUCAGCCAGACAGCCGUGCAGGUUGUCGCGGAUGUGCUCAGCAAGCUGCUUGUUGUUGGAAUCACUGACCCAGAUCCUGAUAUUCGAUACUGCGUGUUGGCAUCCCUCGAUGAGCGAUUUGACACCCAUCUCGCACAGGCGGAAAACUUGCAGGCGCUUUUUGUGGCGCUGAACGACGAGGUGUUCGAGAUCAGAGAGUUGGCCAUCUGCACAAUUGGGCGCCUCAGCAGCAUGAACCCUGCCUUUGUCAUGCCCUUCCUACGCAAGAUGCUCAUCCAGAUCUUAACAGAGUUGGAGCACAGUGGUGUCGGCAGGAACAAAGAGCAGAGCGCUCGUAUGCUUGGCCACCUGGUCUCCAAUGCCCCCCGCCUCAUACGGCCGUACAUGGAGCCCAUCCUCAAGGCUCUCAUCCUCAAACUGAAAGACCCAGACCCCAACCCUGGAGUGGUUAUUAGUGUCCUUGCCACCAUUGGCGAGUUGGCUCAGGCGGUACAUUGGUCCUCAAAGAGGAUUAAGGAAAGCACAGGUACAGGCAGGCAGACCCUGCACUUCAGGCUGAGUGCAGGAGAUUCUCAGGUAGCCCAAGUGUGGAGAGUCGGCUCAGUGCAGGAAAAGGUGAGUGGCCUGGAGAUGAGGAAGUGGAUGGAUGAACUUUUUCCAAUCAUCAUGGACAUGCUGCAAGACUCUUCCUCAUUGGCCAAACGACAGGUGGCGCUGUGGACACUGGGUCAGCAGGUGGCAAGUACAGGCUAUGUGGUGGAGCCAUACCGCAAGUACCCUUCCCUUCUGGAGGUGCUGCUCAACUUCCUCAAGACAGAGCAGAACCAAGGCAUCAGGAGAGAGGCUAUCCGUGUCCUGGGUCUCCUCGGAGCUCUGGACCCCUACAAACACAAGGUGAACAUCGGGAUGAUCGACCAGUCACGCGACGCCUCCGCUGUCAGUCUCUCCGAGUCCAAGUCCAGUCAAGACUCAGCCGACUACAGCACUAGUGAGAUGCUGGUGAACAUGGGCAACCUGCCCCUGGAUGAGUUCUACCCGGCCGUGGCAAUCGUCACGUUGAUGCGCAUCCUGAGGGACCCCUCGCUGUCCAACCACCAUACCAUGGUGGUCCAGGCCGUCACCUUCAUUUUUAAGUCCCUCGGUCUCAAGUGCGUCCAGUUCCUGCCCCAGGUCAUGCCCACUUUCCUCAAUGUCAUCCGGGUCUGUGAUGCCAGUAUCCGAGAGUUCCUCUUCCAGCAGAUGGGAAUGGUGGUGUGCUUUGUGAAGAUCCACAUCCGCCCCUACAUGGACGACAUCUUUACCCUCAUCAGAGAGUACUGGACACCAAACAACCCCAUGCAGAACACCAUCAUCCUCCUGAUCGAGCAGAUUGUGGUGGCACUGGGCGGCGAGUUCAAGCUCUAUCUUCCUCAGCUCAUCCCGCACAUGUUGCGCGUCUUCAUGCACGACAACAGCCCCGGGCGGAGUGUUACCAUCAAGCUGCUGAACGCCAUCCAGCUGUUUGGUGCCAACCUGGAUGACUACCUCCACUUGCUGCUUCCGCCCAUUGUCAAGCUGUUUGAUGCCCCCGAUGUGCCCCUGCAGGCCCGCAAGGUCUCCUUGGAGACACUUGACCGGCUGACGGAGUCCCUGGACUUCACAGACUACGCUUCACGCAUUAUCCACCCAAUUGUUCGGGCACUUGACAGCACGCCCGAGCUGCGCUCCACCUCCAUGGACACCUUGUCCUCGUUGGUGUUCCAGUUAGGCAAAAAGUACCAGAUCUUCAUCCCCAUGGUGAACAAAGUGAUGCUGAAACACAGGAUCAACCACCAGCGUUAUGACAUACUCAUAUGUCGCAUUGUUAAGGGCUACACUCUGGCAGAGGAGGAGGAAGACCCUCUAAUCUUCCAACAUCGCCAGCUUCGUGGUAACCAAGGCGACACUCUGGUCAGCGGACCAGUGGAGGCGGGGCCUAUGAAGAAGCUUCAUGUCAGCACGACGGCACUUCAAAAGGCUUGGGGCGCUGCCAGGAAGGUGUCCAAAGAUGACUGGCUGGAGUGGCUGAGGCGCUUGAGUGUCGUCUUGCUCAAGGAGUCGUCCUCCCCAGCCCUGCGAUCGUGCUGGUCGCUGGCUCAAACAUACAUCCCUCUUGCCAGGGACCUGUUCAACGCUGCCUUCCUGUCUUGCUGGUCCGAGCUGAGUGAGGACCAGCAGGAUGAGCUCAUCCGCAGCAUCGAGCUGGCUCUCACCUCGCAGGACAUCGCCGAGGUCACACAGACCCUGCUCAACCUGGCAGAGUUCAUGGAACACAGUGACAAGGGCCCUCUGCCUCUGAGAGACGAUAAUGGUAUUGUGCUGCUCGGUGAGCGAGCUGCCAAGUGUCGUGCCUACGCCAAGGCUCUGCAUUAUAAAGAGCUGGAGUUUCAGAAAGGUGCUUCUCCUCUCAUCCUGGAGUCUCUUAUCAGCAUCAACAAUAAACUGCAGCAGCCUGAAGCCGCAUCUGGGGUGCUGGAGUACGCCAUGAAACAUUUUGGCGAGCUGGAAAUCCAAGCCACCUGGUAUGAGAAGCUGCAUGAGUGGGAAGAUGCCCUGGUGGCAUACGACAAGAAGAUUGACAUGAACAAAGAGGAUCCAGAGCUCAUCCUGGGCAGGAUGCGCUGCCUGGAGGCCCUGGGAGAAUGGGGCCAGUUACAUCAGCAGUGCUGUGAGGAGUGGACACUGGUGAGCGAGGAAACCCAGGCCAAGAUGGCUCGCAUGGCCGCUGCCGCUGCCUGGGGUCUAGGGCACUGGGACAGCAUGGAGGAGUACACCUGUAUGAUCCCAAGAGACACACAUGAUGGGGCUUUUUAUAGAGCGGUGCUAGCCCUGCAUCAGGACCUCUUCUCAUUGGCCCAGCAGUGCAUUGACAAGGCAAGAGACCUCCUGGAUGCUGAGCUGACGGCCAUGGCUGGAGAGAGCUACAGUCGAGCCUACGGGGCCAUGGUGUCUUGCCAGAUGCUGUCAGAGCUGGAGGAGGUGAUCCAGUACAAGCUGGUUCCAGAGAGGAGGGACAUCAUCAGGGAAACAUGGUGGGAGCGGCUUCAGGGCUGUCAGCGUAUUGUGGAGGACUGGCAGAGGAUCCUGAUGGUGCGAUCACUGGUCAUCAGCCCCCACGAGGACAUGAGGACUUGGCUGAAGUACGCCAGCCUCUGUGGCAAAAGCGGACGCCUGGCUCUGGCCCACAAGACCCUGGUGCUCCUUCUUGGUGUCGACCCCUCCAAGCAACUUGAUCACCCGCUGCCCACAGCCCACCCACACGUCACCUACGCUUAUAUGAAGUACAUGUGGAAGAGUGCCCGCAAGAUCGAUGCCUUUCAGCACAUGCAGCACUUUGUGCAAGGGAUGCAGCAGCAAGCCCAGCACGCCAUCGCCGCCGAGGACCAGCAGCACAAGCAGGAGGUCCACAAACUGAUGGCCAGAUGUUUCCUGAAGCUGGGAGAGUGGCAGCUCAGUCUGCAGGGGAUCAACGAGAGCACCAUCCCCAAGGUUUUGCAGUAUUACAGCCAUUCCACUGAGCAUGACCGCAACUGGUACAAGGCGUGGCACGCCUGGGCGGUGAUGAAUUUUGAGGCGGUGCUACACUACAAACACCAGAACCAAGGACGCGACGAGAAGAAGAAGCUGCGGCACGCCAGUGGUGCCAGUGCUAAUAGUGAGGCCAGCAACAGUGACAGUGAGGCUGAAAGCACUGACCACAGUCCCGUGCCCUCACCCGGCCAGAAGAAGGCCAAUGAGGUGAGAGUCACAGAGGACGAAACCCAGUUCACACCGAUCUGCCGUCAUCAUUCAGUGUUCUCUUCUCCCAGCAGUCCAACCAAGGACCUCUCAAAGACGUUGCUCUUGUACACGGUUCCCGCUGUUCAAGGCUUUUUCCGCUCCAUUUCCCUGUCCAGAGGCAAUAACCUGCAGGACACACUCAGGGUUCUGACUCUAUGGUUUGACUAUGGUCAUUGGCCUGAAGUGAACGAAGCUCUGGUGGAGGGAAUCAAGACCAUUCAAAUCGACACAUGGUUACAGGUGAUCCCUCAGCUCAUUGCUCGAAUCGACACCCCUCGAGCUCUGGUGGGGCGCCUCAUCCACCAGCUGCUAACGGACAUCGGACGGUAUCAUCCCCAGGCUCUGAUCUACCCACUGACUGUGGCCUCCAAGUCCACCACCACGGCACGCCACAACGCUGCUAACAAAAUUCUGAAGAACAUGUGUGAACACUGCAACACUUUGGUUCAGCAAGCCAUGAUGGUGAGUGAGGAGCUUAUCCGAGUGGCCAUCUUAUGGCACGAAAUGUGGCACGAGGGCCUUGAAGAAGCUUCACGUCUGUACUUUGGUGAGCGCAAUGUCAAGGGCAUGUUCGCUGUGCUGGAGCCUCUACAUGCCAUGAUGGAGAGGGGGCCGCAGACCCUCAAAGAGACCUCCUUUAACCAGGCUUAUGGCAGGGACUUGAUGGAGGCUCAGGACUGGUGCAGGAAGUACAUGCGGUCUGGAAAUGUGAAGGACCUGACGCAGGCCUGGGACCUCUACUACCACGUGUUCAGACGCAUCUCCAAACAGCUGCCACAGCUGACUUCCCUGGAGCUACAAUAUGUGUCUCCGAAGCUGCUCAUGUGCCGGGACCUGGAGUUGGCCGUGCCAGGCACUUAUGACCCCAACCAGCCUAUCAUCCGCAUCCAGUCCAUCGCCGCCUCCCUGCAGGUCAUCACGUCAAAACAGCGCCCCCGCAAGCUCACCAUCAUGGGCAGCAAUGGCCACGAAUUCAUGUUCCUGUUGAAGGGCCAUGAGGACCUGAGGCAGGAUGAGAGAGUCAUGCAGCUCUUUGGUUUAGUCAACACACUUCUGGCCAACGACCCUGCGUCCUUACGCAAGAACCUCAGCAUUCAGCGCUACGCAGUGAUCCCCCUGUCCACCAACUCGGGCCUGAUUGGCUGGGUGCCCCACUGUGACACCCUGCACGCCCUCAUCAGAGACUACAGAGAGAAGAAAAAGAUCUUGCUCAACAUUGAACAUCGCAUCAUGUUAAGGAUGGCCCCGGACUAUGACCACCUGACACUGAUGGAGAAGGUGGAAGUGUUUGAACAUGCCGUCAACAACACGGCAGGAGACGACCUGGCCAAGCUCCUGUGGCUCAAGAGCCCCAGCUCCGAGGUGUGGUUCGACAGGAGGACCAACUAUACCCGCUCCCUGGCUGUGAUGUCAAUGGUGGGCUACAUACUCGGACUGGGCGACAGGCAUCCAUCCAACUUGAUGUUGGACCGUUUAAGUGGGAAGAUCCUCCACAUUGACUUUGGAGACUGCUUUGAGGUGGCCAUGACCAGAGAGAAGUUCCCUGAAAAGAUCCCAUUCCGACUGACAAGGAUGUUGACCAACGCAAUGGAGGUGACGGGCUUGGACGGUAACUACCGCAUCACCUGCCACACAGUGAUGGAGGUGCUGCGGGAGCACCGGGACAGCGUCAUGGCCGUGCUGGAGGCCUUCGUCUACGACCCGCUGCUCAACUGGAGGCUCAUGGACACAAACACCAAAGGCAACAAGCGCUCCCGUACCAGGACCGAUUCGUACACCGCUGGACAGUCAGUGGAGGCUCUCGAGGGCAUCGACCUCGGAGAGACCACUCUCAAGAAGCCUGGGACCACAGUGCCUGAAUCCAUUCACUCCUUCAUUGGAGACGGCCUGGUACAACCUGAGGCACUCAACAAAAAAGCUAUUCAGAUCAUCAACAGAGUGAGAGACAAACUCACAGGUCGAGACUUCUCUCACGAUGAGACACUGGACGUGCCAACACAAGUGGAGCUCCUCAUCAAGCAGGCCACAUCCCACGAAAACCUGUGCCAGUGCUACAUUGGAUGGUGUCCAUUUUGGUGAAGAGCUUCCUUCAGCAGCCAAGGAGAAGCACUCAACUGAAACAGAUGUCCGCAGACGCCACAGUGCAGAGCGUCUGUUAACGUCGUUGAAUUGUACGAUCUUUUUCCUGUGACAAGUUUUAAGUUUAUGAGAAAGUAGCUCUGUUUUUAUCAGAUGAUCACAGUUUAAGUCAAAAUGAAGUCAUUGCUCCAAAUGACUCUCCCCACUUCUUCGUCACCGAUAAUCAUUCGCUAAAAGCUAAAAAAGCGUCUUCAGUGGCCAUAGUGUAAUAAGUCGGGACGUUUCUUACUUCACAUCCACCAUUGUAUCAUGAUUAUCAAUGACACGGUAUGCCUUUUGCUAACGUAAACCUUCUGUAAAUGUUACUCAUGACGAGAUUGAAGUAGAUAAUCAUAGUGUACUGUACGGGGCAUUUGUGUGCCAAUAAAUCCAGUCGAGAAAC